AUGUCUUUUCAUGAAAGAGAUAAGCGUGCCGUAGGUGUCGAGUUCACCAGCGAUCUGAUAUCUUGCCCAGAUGCGGAUAAGUCAUCGAGCAUCGUGAGGGCAUCAAAGCUUGUUGUUAUCUCUGCGGGCGCUUUCGGUUCGCCGGCCAUUCUCGAGAGAUCUGGGAUCGGUGCCGAUGCGGUUCUGAAGCGGUGCGGUAUCGAGCAAUUGGUGGACUUGCCUGGCGUUGGAGAAAAUUAUCGAGAUCACAAUGGCGCCUUUCUUCCACACUUUGCUGCUGACGAAGCUGUUACUAUGGACCCCCUCUGGCGUGGAAAGGAGAGUGCUAUACAGGAAAACCUGGCGAAAUGGAAAAUCGAUGCCAAGUCACUCGUUGCCCAAAAUGGCAGCGAUGCAAAAAUCAAAUGGCGUCCUGACGGCGACGAGCUGGAAGCUAUGGGAUCAGCUUUUCAGCCACGAUGGAAAGAGUUCUUCCAGGACCGCCCAGACAAGGCUGUUGCAAUAUUUUGCCUUUUCGAGGGGUGCGUGCACUAUACUUUGCUUUGGAUAACGUGCGAAUGCUCACGAUAA